AUGGAUAAGGCUUGGAUGCAUAUUGAAGAUAGAUUGCGUUCCAAUGAAUAUGGUCAAGGUGUUAGACAAUUCAUGGCGAUGGCUCAAGCCAAUGCACCUAGUUCUGACCGUAUUAGGUGUCCAUGUCGGCGAUGCCGAAAUAGACAAUUCCACCCUCUUAGUCUGGUUGAAGAUCAUCUGUUCAUUAUAGGGAUCGAUUCAACUUAUACUGAAUGGAUCUUCCAUGGGGAAGAUGAUCCUUUUCAUCAUGCUACAUUUUCUGACGAUGAACCUGAUCAUGCAUCGGCUGAUAACGACUACAUUGAUGAUGUGGACGAGAUGUUAGAAGACAUCCGGGUGGGGUCAUUUGUGGAUAAUUCAUCUAGAACUGAUGCCGAUGCAGACGCAAAUGAUGAUAUAGAUAGUUAUAAUCCUCCAACAAACCUUACUUUCAACGAGUUGGUAGCUGACGCACGACAGCCACUUUAUCCUUCUUGUGCAAAGUUCUCAAGGUUAUCAUUCAUAGUCAAGUUACUUCACAUCAAGACAAUUGGCGGGUGGACUGUGAAGUCCUUUGACAUGGUCAUCAAGCUUUUGCAAGCUGCAUUUCUGGAUGCUCUUUUCCCUGACUCAUAUAACGAUGCUCGCCGCUUGCAAUGUGGGUUGGGCUUUAGUUACGAAAAGAUUCAUGUUUGCCCAAAUGAUUGUGCAUUGUUUUGGAAGGAGAACGCUGAGUACAAUCAAUGCCCUAAAUGCAAUGCAUCUAGGUGGGUUUCAAGCUCAAGUGUUCAACAGAAGAUACCCCAAAAAGUUCUCCGAUAUUUCCCUCUGAAGUCACGCUUGCAGAGGCUAUUUCUAUCAAAGAAGACAGCCCAAGCAAUGAGAUGGCAUGUCGAAGAACGUGUUGAUGAUCCGACCUGCAUGAGCCAUCCAGCAGAUUCUAGGGUAUGGAAAGACUUUGAUCACAAACAUGGAUGGUUUUCCCAAGAUUUUCGCCAUGUUAGACUUGGUCUAGCGAGUGAUGGGUUUAAUCCCUUCAAUAACAUGAGCAAACCGUACAGCAUAUGGCCGGCACUAGGAAAUGAUAUAGAUGUGUUUUUGCGUCCUCUUGUAGAUGAGUUGAGAGAGUUAUGGGAAGAUGCAUACGCCAAUCUUUCUGGAUGGAGCACAAAGGGUAAGAUGGCAUGCCCUGUAUGUACAGCUGAAACUGAUUCUAAGUGGUUAGUAUAUGGGCGCAAACAUUGCUAUAUGGGUCAUCGACGGUGGUUGGUGCCAGAUCACAAUUGGAGACGGAAAAAGAGUGCUUUUAAUGGAUGUGAUGAGCACCGGCUCCAACCAUCAAGGGUUGCCAGAGAGGAUUUGCUAGAGCAAUUACUUGGGGUCUCACAUGUGAUCUUUGGCAAAUCUUCGUCAAAGAGGAAACGGACACCCAAUCAACUAAAUUGGACAAAAAAAAGUAUAUUUUUUGACCUUCCUUACUGGUUAGACUUAAGAUUGAAACAUAACUUGGAUGUCAUGCAUAUUGAGAAAAACAUAUGUGAUAACGUGUUGGGAACAUUGUUGAAUAUUGAAGGAAAAACUAAGGACUCCGCCAAUGCGCGAAGGGAUUUGGAAAAUAUUGGAAUAAGGAAAGAAUUGCACCUUGUACAUGAUGGUGAUCGUAUUUCUAUGAGUCUUGCAUGCUACAUGUUAAAUUUAAAUGAGCGAAGGAAUUUUUGUGCAUGGUUGUCGGUAGUAAAAUUUCCUGAUGGUUUUGCCUCAAACAUUGGCCGGUGUGUAAAUGUCAGUGAGGGAAAAAUCAAAGGAAUGAAGAGCCAUGAUUGUCAUAUCUUUAUGCAAGCACUCUUGCCAGUUGUGAUUGGUGGGUUGUUACAACCGAAUGUCCGUCAAGCAUUAAUAGAUUUAAGCUCAUUCUUCAAAGAAUUAUGUUCACGAACUUUGACCUUAUCAGUGUUGCAUCGGCUACAAGCUAAUAUCCCCAUCAUUCUCUGUAAACUAGAAAUGAUAUUCCCCCCCGCAUUUUUUGAUAUCAUGGUGCAUCUUGCUAUUCAUUUGCCAGAGGAGGCAUUGCUGGCAGGACCUGUGCAAUACAGAUGGAUGUACCCUUUUGAAAGGUACCUAGGGAAGUUCAAGCGGUACGUCCGCAAUAGAGCCUGUCCUGAAGGCUCAAUUACGGAGGCAUAUGUUCAUCUCGAGUAUAUAACUGAGAGGAAUGCAACAAUGAUGGUCCUGUGCCUUCGGCUUCGUCAGGGAAUGAGCCAAGUUUAUCUGUUUUCUCGCAAAAGAGAGCACUAUAACAAGAUGAAAGAAGAGGACCAGAAUAACAUCGAUCGUAGGCACCAGAGUCAAUUCCCAGCAUGGUUCAGAUCACGCAUUCGAGAGUUGCGUGCAGUUAGUCCAAGUGAGGUCACCAAUGACAUAUAUGCAUUAGCAUGUGGUCCAGAUCCGUGGGUCGCAUCAUAUGCCGGAUGCAUAAUGAAUGGAGUUCGGUUUCAUACAAAAGAGCGUAAAAGGCAUCGCCGCACCCAAAACAACGGGGUGGUUGUUCAUGGUGAACAUCAAGGAUCCCCUACUGACUUCUACGGUGUGUUGCAUGACAUUAUAGAAUUACGUUACAUGGGUUGGCUUAAGGUAUAUUUGUUUAGCUGUGCUUGGUAUGACGUUGGUGACCUAAGAAGGGGGAUACGUUAUAUGGACCACUUAACGUUAGUGAAUACUGCUAGGCAAUGGUAUAAAGAUGAGCCUUUUGCCUUAGCGUGCCAAGCGUUGCAAGUGUUUUACCUAACGGAUCCGACAUUGGGGGAAAGCUGGCAAGUCGUACAAAAGACUACUAAUAGGAAUGUUUACAACAUUCGCUUGAUGACUACUGUUGAGGAGGACCCUGUUGAUGAAUCCUCUGGGGGUGAAGCAGACGAUGAGGUUCACACUAAUGUUGUCAAUUAUCCUCCUAUUAUUGAGAGUGAAUAUGGCAUGUCUGAUCCAUUGCAUCGAGUCGAUGAAGAGCAUUUGCCCGUUGAUCCGUCAAUUAUAUCACAUCGACACUCGUCCCAACUAGUUGACGAUGAGGAAUUUAUUGAUGAUGAUCCACUUGAUGAUGUAUUGGGGAUGGAUGACAUAAAUGACGAUGAUACCUCCGGUAGCGAGUCCGAGCCUCACUUGCAUGAUGAGGAGACGGAUGAUGAUGAUGGUAUUAUUGAUUUCCUAAAUUUUAUUUUCAUUAAAGCUUAA